AUGCAGUCUUUAUGGGUGAGAGAAGUGGUUCGGUUGACAAGAGAAGUAAAUGAUAGAGAUUUGCAGAUUUUGGAGAUUAAUCAGGUGAAUCAACAGAGAAAUAGAGAUUAUGCAUUGUUGGUGAGGGAGAGGAAUGAUUUAAGGGCUGAG